AGCAUCUCCGGCCUCUUCAGCAGACAUGGCCCCCAUCAGCUCGGGAUCUUCUACCUGGACGUCCUCUGGCAUCCCUUUCUCCUUUGUCUCCAUGGCGACAGGGAUGGGUCCCUCCUCCAGUGGCAGCCAGGCUACAGUGGCCUCCGUGGUCACCAGCACGCUCCUGGCGGGCCUCGGUUUUGGGGGCGGUGGCAUCUCGUCCUUCCCCAGCACUGUGUGGCCCACCCGCCUCCCUCCGGCCUCCUCGGCCAGCAAGCAGGCAGGGAAGCCAGUUGUGGCCACCACAGAGGCCUUGGCGACUCCGGGGCCUGACGGCGAUGCAACUCCGAGCAAGGACAGUGAAGGUGCCGAGGAAGGAGAGAAAGAUGAUGAGAAGAGUGAGAAUGAGGAUGGCGAGCGAGAGCAUGAGGAGGAGGGUGAGAAGGAUGCCGAGAAGAAGGAUAGGAGUGGGGUGACACCUGUGGCCGGGGAGGAGGGUGACCAAAAUGUGCCAACGCCGGUCCCCUCAGAGCCCAACAGGACCGCGGAGGAGGGCGGCUACCAGACUAGAUCUGGGCUCAAGCAGGACCUCACCACCACCCCCACAGGCCAGCCUGGCCCAGACUCCAAUGUGGUUUCCUCCACCCAAGUGCCCCCCAUGGCCACAGAGGAGCAGGACGCAGGGGGUGACCCCCACAGGCCGGGAGUGCCAUCGAAGAAGCCCGUGUCCCGGGACCGACUUUCCGAGGACAGCAGAUUCAUCACUGUUAAUCCAGCGGAAAAGAACACCUCUGGGAUGAUAAGCCGCGUCUCUCCAGGGAGGAUGGAGUGGAUCAUCCCUCUGAUCGUGGUCUCAGCCUUGACCGUCGUGUGCCUCAUCCUUCUCAUCGCCGUGCUAGUGUACUGGAG